AUGGCAAAACAACUGGAAAUUAAAGUUCAAGCUGCAAAACAUGAACAUUCAGUACAAAUUUCAAAGUCUGAUGAGGAUUUCCUGAAGUCCACUGGUAUUGAAUUGCAAAAUGGCCAGCCAGGACUCCUUGGAGCACAGGGCUUCACUGGACCACCAGGAUUGAUGGGGAUCCCAGGAUUGCAAGGUCCCAAAGGUCACAAAGGUGAAAGAGGACACCCAGGAAUAAGUGGACCCAAAGGAGAACCGGGUCAUCCAGGGCAACCAGGGCCAAGGGGGAAACCAGGUCUUGAUGGCUGUAAUGGGACAGCAGGUGACCCUGGUGACCCAGGAACUCCUGGACUCUAUGGUUUCCCUGGUUCCAUUGGAGUCCAAGGGCCAAAGGGCCAGAAGGGAGAGCCGUACUUAAUGCCACCAGAGGUCAUAAGCCGCCACAGGGGGGAUCCUGGGGAUCCAGGGUUCAUGGGCUUCCCAGGGCCUCAAGGAACACAGGGGAUUCAGGGGCCUGUUGGUCCCAGAGGACAGCAAGGAAGACCAGGACCACCAGGGCCCCCAGGACAACAAGGACCACAAGGCCCUCCAGGUCCUCCAGGUCCACCUGGGCUCCCCACAAGAGAACUGAUGGGUGUCCCCUCGGACAAACACAAGGGUGAGAGAGGAGACCCUGGACCAAGAGGGGAAGUUGGAAUUCCAGGUGUACUGCUCCGUGCCCUGGAGAAAGGUGAAGAAGGAGUAAUGGGCUUCCCCGGGGAAAGGGGACUGCCUGGCAUCAAUGGUUUUCCAGGACUCAGUGGAGACAGAGGUUUUCCAGGAUUCGAUGGUUCACCUGGUGCCUUUGGUCCUCGGGGAAGCAAGGGGGAGCCUGGCGAGAUGGGUCCUCCAGGACCAGAUUCCUAUUUUCCUUCCCGCAUCCCAAGAAAAGGUGCAAGAGGUGAUCCAGGUUUCCCAGGUGCUUCUGGACUGCCAGGAGACCGAGGAGAGGAGGGAGAUCGUGGGGUACCUGGUCCUCCUGGAUACUCUGAUGCUGAUGGGGAUAAGCCAGGCUUACCUGGAGAGAUGGGACCCAAGGGUGAGAAAGGUGAACUAGGAUCUCCUGCCUUUUACGCGGGUCCACCAGGCUUUCCAGGCAAGCACGGCUCGCCAGGACUCCGGGGGCCACCAGGUCCUGUUGGAGCCCCUGGUCCUCUCUUUGGAUUAAAAGGACGGGAGGGAGUGCCAGGUGGAUAUGGCACUCAAGGUGUUCCUGGGCCAAGAGGACAAAAAGGGCCUAAAGGUGAAGAAGGUGACUGCACUCAAUGCCUUUUGCGUGAGGAGCUCAGAAGGGGCUCGCUAGGCCCCCCUGGCCCUCCUGGCUUCCCAGGAACCCCUGGCCAGCCUGGGAGGAAAGGCGAACCUGGUGAUCCAGGACCACAUGGUACUCCUGGCUUUCCAGGAGCAAAAGGUGACGGUAUCAGAGGUUUCCCUGGUGAUCCUGGGUACCCAGGUGAAUUAGGCCCAAAGGGCUUUCCAGGAGAAACAGGUCUGCCAGGUGAAGGAUUUCCUGGUCCAAAAGGGUUCCGGGGUCCUCCAGGUGACCAUGGACAAGCUGGAAGCCCAGGACCUCCAGGUCUGCCUGGUCUGCCAGGAGAGCCUGGCCAACUAGACUGUGGACAGGUCACUGAAGACAUUUCUCGAGGAGAUGGAACUGAGCCCAUAUGGUCAGGUGCAGGAUGUGUGAGGCCACCAAAGGGAGCCCAAGGCAAGCCAGGACUGCCAGGAGCCACAG